GCUAAAGUUACCAGGUCGUAGUGUCCAUCAUGUUGGCUCGGGAAACGAUGGUCGCGGCGGCGGUGCUAGCCGCCAUCUCGAUACAUCCCGCCACGCCCGCCUCCACCGUGUGCCCGUAUGGCAAGCUCCCUUCCGCAUUCAACUCGGUGAUCGUGUCGGAUCCGUCGCUGUGCCCGCCGACCAACUUGACGUGCGUGGUCGAUCGAUCGUGCAAGUACAUUGGCGGGUCCGACACUGUGUCGUGGAAUGCGAUCGGCGACUACUCUGGCCUGCCCCCGAAUCGAACUGCUUGGUCGUUCAACGGGGGCGCGGUAUGUGUCAACGUAAACGCGGCACAGUUUCCAUCCACGAUCACGACGCUAAAACUAUCCAACAUGACGUUUCCACCUGACCUGGUCAAGCCCACGUGGCCGGCCAAGCUGAAAGAACUGUUCAUCGAGACCACCAACAUCUCGACGAUUCCGACAAACUUGCCGUCAACGCUGUCCUUGUUGUUUCUCGGCGGCAACUACCUCGUCGACGCCGCCGAACUCAACUACCUUCCUCGCUCGGUGACCCAACUCUCGCUCGAAAACAACGACUACACGGCCCUGGCAAACCUGGACUGGUCCAACAUGACCCAAGUGUACGUGCGACGUCCGACUGUGGUCUCUAGCGGUGGCAUGACCAGGUACUUGAGCCGCAACCCAAAGCUCAAGGCGCUCUCCAACAUCACGUUCAGUUCCAAGAUCAAGAAUCUGAACCUGGAGAACUUGUCGCUGACUUCGUGGAUAAUGGACCCUUUAACGUUUGUCGCGCUCAACUCGUCGCUCCAGCCCAACAACACUGCGGAAGACUCGACCUUCACGGACGGCUCAAAAGCAUUCACGGGCUACAACUACUACAACCUGGCCAUCACGACCAGCAUGAGCGAAUGCAGCUCGUACCGGGGGACUCUAACCGAGCUCUGGCCGGACAAGCGGUUCCGCAACUUUAAGUACAAGGACUCGGUCUUUACCGUGUGCGUGCUUCCGAGUGCAGCGACCACGGCGGUCCCCACGGCAUCCCGCACCCCAGGCGAUGAGGGCGGAGGGCUUGGCACGAGCGCGAUCGUCGGGCUUGCUGCUGGCGUUGGCAUCGUUGUCGUCGGCGCCGUCAUUUUUGUAUGCGUUCGUCGGCGCCGGGCGGCAAAACCCAAGUCGCCUGUCUUCGAAACGAUGUCGACGCCAGGGACGUUGGCAGGAACGGCGACCUCGAUCGAUGUCAACAUGAAUUGUUUGCAACUGGUUCGGAUUUCCAACAACGAGCUCGUGGUCGGGCCUCAAAUUGGCGCGGGGGCGUUUGCCUCGGUGCACAAAGGGCAGUUCCAAGGCCGCGCGGUGGCCGUCAAGGUCCUGCUCAAGGAUCGCAUCACGACGGCGUACGUGCAGUCGUUUGUGGACGAGAUCGUGUUGAUGAGCCAGUUCGAUUCGCCGCACGUUGUCAACUUGAUUGGGGCGGCGUGGACCCGCGUGGCUGACGUCAAAUGCGUCAUGGAACUCAUGGACGGUGGCGACUUGAAGGACUUUUUGGACCACCACACGCCGGCGCAAUUUCCGUGGGCCGACAAGUAUAUCCACGUGCUGAGCAUCGUGGACGGGCUGAGCUACCUCCACUCGAUGAAUAUCGUCCAUCGCGACCUCAAGUCGCGCAACGUGCUGUUGGAUUCGACCAAAGGCACCAAGCUGACCGACUUUGGCAUUUCCAAGGAAGACAUCCAGGCGACGAUGACGGUCGGCGUCGGGACGUUUCGUUGGAUGGCGCCCGAGAUGCUCCAAGACAAAGGCUACGGCGUAUCGGCCGACAUGUACUCGUUUGGCAUGGUCUUGUCCGAGUUCGACACGCAUCGCACGCCGUACGUAGAUUUGAAAAACCCCAUCACGCGCCAGCCGCUCGCAGACUCGGCCAUUAUCUUGAAAGUUGUGUCCGGCAGCAUCCGCCCGACGUUUACAAGCGACUGCCCUGCCUGGAUUGUCGACCUGGCCUCCAAGUGCCUGCUCCUGGAUCCGUCCCAACGGCCCACCGCCAUGCAAGUGUCCCACACGAUUCGAUCCAAGCUCAAGGAGUUGUCGACGCGCCUCUUUUCAAUCUAGAUGUUUUGC